AUGAGGAGGCACCUUGAGAAGGUGUCGAGGGAUGCAUUGCGUGCAUGGGCUCAGGAGGGUCUUACGUUUGGUGAGGUUGUGUUGAUGGUUUAUGAUAGGGUAUUUGAGUGUGAUAUUGAGAGAUGGAGAUGGGUAGUUUGUGCGGAGAGUAUAGUGUGUGAGGCGUCUGUGAGUAUGUACAGUAAGCUUUUGCCUGAGGAGGUUUUAGGGAUAAUAGCUGAGAGGUUUGUGAGAAGAUGUGCCAAGGAAGGUGGAGAUGAAGGGUCUGGAAACACCAGAGGAUAUGCUGAUUGUGGGGUGAUUGAUGUUAGAUUAUUUGUAGAUGCGUAUGUCAAGCAUGGUUCUGAGGUUAUUUCUGAGAUAGUUAGGCAGAUGAUGAUGGGGAAGGAUGGAAAGGAGAUUGAUAGUGAGUAUGUUGAGAAGGUUGUUCGAGUUGUUGAUGGGAGGAGGAGAAGAAGGGAGAUUGAGGCUAGUAGGCAUGCAGCUGAGUUGCUAGGGAAGGAAUUGUCAGGUAAGAAGAGUAAGAGGAAGAGCGGGGGGGGG